CUUCUAUCUGAGCGUUUCCUCUCGCCUAGGAAGGACAAGAUAGGACAAGAUGCCUGCAAUGAAGAAGCAGAAGCAAAAACAAGAGCGAGCUAUCGCUCGACAGAACCAGUCUCCGGGUCAAGGUAUGGGAGUGGCCGGUUGGCACUUUACGGGCAUUACCGAGGGAGGUACGCUAUGGAAGGCUGAAGAGUCUCUGAGCCCUCCGAAUGUGGAGAAUAUACCAAGCUGUCCGCCAGUCAAGGGGAAGAAACGACUCGCGAUGGACGUCCAUGACGAGACGGGCAACGCCGAAAUGAACACUGCUGCUCACUCAAGAAAGAAACCACGCUCGGUUCACCAUCGUGUCAGUGCCGCCUCUCCCAAUGAGAUCCUGAAGUCGUGGCACGUCGAAGACAUUGGCUUGGACCCAACAUCAACUCUGGGAGCUGGCCAUUCAGAAGCUCCCCAAGCUUCCCUUCGAUCGGACGCGACGAUAGUUCCGUCGCCUCCUCCACAGCUAUUGGGUGACGGGAUACCACCUUGGCGCAGGAGCGCGCCGCUCUCCGCUGUGUAUCCGGUGAGUGACAUCGGAGAGCAAUACUCCCAGUCAAACGCGCCCUCUCCGCUGGACGAGGUACCGUACGAAGACGAUCUGGCCUACCAACAACCUUCAUGGUCUAGCCAUUUUUUCCUGCCGCCCGACUCCGCUUACAUCGAGCAACAAGAGGCGGCACCUAGAAACGUUCCAUCGCCUAAUGCGGUCCACAUCCCAGAGCAAUCGUCGCAGCUUGACUGCCAGACCAACAUGGGGCCGCAAUUCCAACCUGGCAAGCACUGUUCCGCAUCAGCAGCCUCGUAUCCUGCGGGUGGAACUUCGCCUGCCGGCAACUGGCCAUGGGAUGCACAGCUAGGACAACGCGCAACGUUGUCUGGGAUAGUCGAUGGGCUCGCCGAGGUUCCAUCCCUCCAUUCGCAAGUUGACAUGCUCGCGGAAAUCCAGAAGAUCCGUGCGCGAGCGUUCCUCGCAGAGCUAGCCCCGUCAGUCGCGGUGCAUCGCGGUGACCAAGCUCCAAUUUUGCCCAAAGGCUUCUGGGAUGCGGUCGCCGAGUUUGUGACUUCAAACGACGGAGGCUCGCUCGAUGAAGUAGACUCGGCUGUGCGCGCAUGUCGCGUCCACCUUACCCCGGCUGGAACUUCCUUGAGUAGCUCAUAA